ACAGUAACGAAGUAAAACUACUCCGUUACUGUCCACCACUGGUCCAAACCAACCAUUUAGUUAAAACUGAAUCAGAUUUCCCACUGCUAACCCUUCACUAUUCACAUGCUUCCGCUUUCAGGAACUGGAGAGAGUGGGAAAAGCACCUUUAUUAAACAGAUGAGAAUCAUUCAUGGCUCAGGCUACUCAGAAGAGGACAGGAGAGGCUUUACCAAGCUGGUCUACCAAAACAUCUUUACAUCGUUGCAGGCCAUGAUACGGGCAAUGGAUACUCUCCAGAUCCACUACAAAUAUGAACAUAAUAAGGCCAAUGCAAACAUUGUCAGAGAAGUAGAUGUAGAGAAGGUCUUCUUGUUCGUCAACCCCUAUGUAGAUGCCGUCAGGAGUUUAUGGAAUGACCCGGGAAUUCAGGAGUGUUAUGACCGGAGGAGAGAAUUCCAGCUCUCAGAUUCCACAAAAUAUUAUCUAAAUUCACUGGAUCGCAUUGCCAACCCUUCCUAUGUUCCCACCCAGCAAGAUGUGCUCAGGGUCAGAGUGCCCACAACAGGGAUCAUUGAAUACCCCUUUGACCUACAGAGUGUCAUAUUCAGGAUGGUAGAUGUAGGGGGGCAGCGCUCAGAAAGGCGGAAGUGGAUCCACUGCUUUGAAAACGUCACCUCCAUCAUGUUCCUGGUAGCACUCAGUGAAUAUGACCAAGUUCUGGUUGAGUCUGACAAUGAGAAUCGAAUGGAGGAAAGCAAAGCAUUGUUUAGGACGAUAAUAACAUACCCCUGGUUCCAGAAUUCAUCCGUUAUUCUUUUUCUGAACAAGAAAGACCUUUUGGAAGAGAAAAUAAUGUUUUCACACCUUGUAGAUUACUUUCCUGAAUAUGAUGGACCCCAGAGAGACGCUCAAGCAGCACGGGAAUUCAUCCUGAAGAUGUUUGUCGACCUGAAUCCAGACUCCGAAAAAAUCAUUUACUCUCAUUUCACCUGCGCCACUGACACAGAAAACAUCCGAUUCGUGUUCGCUGCUGUCAAGGACACCAUCUUGCAGCUCACACUGAAGGAAUACAAUCUAGUCUGAACAACGGCCGGUUAUGGUUUUGUCAUUGUCUUGCCCAGUUAAAAGACUCGUCAGUCUGCAGCUAAAGUCUGCCGUAAUGCUGUGAUCCACUAAAGUCUGCUUUAACUGUUCGAGCAGUCCGCUGAUUCUGCUCUGAAUUUGGACACACACGGUUUUUUUAUCUGUAACACAAGCCGCUCACUGCUUCGUCAUUAUUUAUUUGCACCUCUGAGCUACUUCACAGAGUUCAACUUGAAUGGUAUUAUUCCAUUUUAAUGAAAUACAUUGUUAUUGAACUUUCUAUUAAGGUUUAUUCUGUAGCAGGUUAUUUUUGGUUUUCAAGUUGUAUUCAUUGAGCUGUUUGCUAUAAAUGUUAUGUAGAUUUCUGCAACUUGGACAUAUGAAUUAUUCCGUGUGGUGAGGUCUUUAGAAAGCAAUGAAAGUACUUAUAUGGUAUUGUAUUUUAUAAGGGUCUUUUCUCAUUUCCAAGGCACAUGCAUUGAUGAAGAAUAGAUAACAGUUAGUUUUACAUGAACAUUUACAUUAAAAGUGCCAAAGUUCUUCUAAUGUGAUUGUUUUAUAUAUUGCCAUACUAAUAAUCAUACCACAGGCAAUAAGUUGCCCUUGCCAGUAUCAUUUGUUGUUAUACCAUACCAGCUCUUCGUAUGUAUUUCUUGUAUUCUUGUACAUCUGCUGUUCAUGACCUGAUUCAUUAAGAUCACCGGUGUUCUGUUACAUCAAGUCUGAAUGAUGUGCCAAGAGAGCCGAUUCCUGUGCAUCCUAAUCUUAAACUACAAAUGUGCCAUUCAGAGAUUUUCUGUAACACUUGCAUACGUUUAGAUUUUUUCAUAAUAAAUUACCCAACAGAUGUUCUCAGUGAGGCAAUGAUGCUCUUACUGGUGUUGUACUGACCUGACAGUGUGGUAAGUGUGGUGUAAUAAAGCUUUGGUCAAUAUUUGCAGUUGUUUUUAAAGACGGUACAGAUUUGUAAAGAGUUUCAUGUGAUUAGAAGCGUGUCAAACAAAUGAAUGUUUUGUGUUGAGCCAAGAGUAAAGGACCAAAUUUCUGUUGUGAUCCUCUGAAACUUUUUUGGGGGGUGAAGCUG